AUGCACACCAAAACAGAUUUGAUACUCCAUCAACAAAGGUUAGCUCAGACUAUACUUGAACGGGCCGGCAUGCUUAACUGUAAAUCCGUUUCUACCCCUAUCUGCACAAAAGGUCCGAAUUACAGUUCUAAUUCUACUAAUUUCUCCAACCCUCUUUUAUAUCGCCAAUUAGUCAGAUCUCUACAAUAUUUGACGCUCACCCGCCCCGAUAUUGCAUAUGCUGUCAAUCGAGCAUGCCAAUUUAUGCACAAGCCCACCGAUCAGCACUUCCAUGCUCUCAAAUGCAUUCUUCGCUUCAUUAAAGGUUCUCAAAACACAUGUUUUCCUCUUACAUGUCAAUCCCUUAAACUAACUUCUUAUGUAGAUUCUGACUGGGCCGGAGAUUAUAAGGAUCAAAAAUCCACAACUGGAUAUUGCACCUUUUUGGGGAGUUCUAUUGUCUCUUGGAGCAUCAAGAAACAAACCACCAUUGCUAGAUCUUCCAUAGAAGCUGAAUAUCGAGCAUUGGCUUCUGCGGCAACAUAUAUUAUUUGGAGUCAACAACUAUUGCAAGAACUCGGCUACCCUCAAAAAGAACCUAGGAAACUAUUUUGUGACAAUAUCUCAGCUAUAGCAUUAGCUAAUAAUUCGGUAUUCCAUGCUCGCACAAAACAAAUCGAGGUAGAUUGCCAUUAUACCUGGGAAUGUAUCAAGAACAAUACCAUACAAGUUCAUCACAUCUCAAGUAAAGAUCAAAUUGCAUAUCUGUUUACUAAAGCUCUUCUCACAGCACGGUUUUGGCAUCUAUCUAACAAACUGAUAUCUGACGUAGCAUAUCAGUUUGCACGUAUCUGGAUAAGGUCGAUCAGCUCUAUAGAAGAAGGGCUUGGGGUUUGCACCUUCAGCAUAGUGCAUCAAUUGGCUUACGAAGAGGAGUCUUUGUGCAUAAGGACAAGCUACGGGUUGUUGGAUUCGAAUAGCGCUCAGACAAGGGUCAUUGGUUGA